UCCAAACUAACACAAAUCAGUGACAUCUUCGUCUUCCCAUCGUCCAAGAGAACGGAUUCUGUGACCGCUGUUUGUGGUGGAUGUUGCAUUCUCCGAGGGCGAACUGUAACCGUGGUCGCCAUUCCGGCUCCGAGGGAGAGCUUGCACACGCGGCUCGCUAGCCCUGGUGACCGCUGCGACCGGCUGGCUGGCUCGUUCCCAAUGCUUAUUUUAUUGGAUUAUUAAAAGCAUCCCGCUCUCCAGCAUUCGGACGGCGCGCUCUUUUGCUCUUGUAUCACGGCGGCGUUGCGGAAUCCUUCCACGAAACCGGUCAGUUUCCAGUUCCAGUUCUCCGGUCCAGUACCCAAGCGCGCCUCCCGAGAGAAGUGUUUAAAUUGUCAAUCCUGUCCAGAAGAGAAGAAGACGAGACAGGUUCUUUUUAUUUGCGAACAGACGCACUACUGUCCGUACCAGAUCGAUUUCCAUACGAGAACGUGAACCACGGGUUUUCAGUUUUUUGUUUUUCGACCAAGUAAUUGCCUUGUGAAGUGACGCAAAGUGAAGAGCGAGAGUGCUUCUCUUCAUCUGGUGCGUGGUGCGGAAAAUAAAAUUAAAAGCAAGAUUCUUGUGCAGUCGAAGGUCUCGGCAAGAUUGAAAUUGCCAGCGUGUGUUGCGUUACGCGGAAAAUCCUCUUGAACGCCAUAUGGAAGGUGGCAUCGGUGGCGGAGAAAUCGAAAAAGUGUCCGCGUUCUAAAGGACGUCAGUGAAAUAAUCCACUCAGCGUGUGUUGUAAGUGCCGAACGCUGCACACAUUUCUCCCAUACGUCCCUCGGCCCAAGCACAAACGCCGGCUUUGGGAGGAAAAAUCGAUCCACCCCCCACAGCUAGCUAACGAGGCGCCUUCUCUAACAGCAUGAUGGCCGACACGCCCACUAACACUAGCGCGCACGUGCCACCGGCAUCGACGUCGGGCAACGGCGAUCCGAGCGUCAUCCCGCAGUGGAAAAAGGAACUGAUCCAGCGGCGCAAGAAUUUGGCCAAAACGAUCGGUGCCGUCGCAACGCAGGUGCACGACUCGGCGUCGACGGUGGCCGCGGCCAUUUCCGCUUCCGCCUCGUCACCCGUCACCCCCCAUCCGCGCACGCCGACCGGCGGUGGCGCUUUCCCCGUCGGCAGCCCCUUCUACGCCGGGGCCGGAACGAAAGGCGCCGCCGCAACGUCCCCAACCGUCGGAGUUCAUUUUGGGGCACACUUUGGUGGAGCGAAUGAACCGGCCCAGCAACAGCAGCACCAACACCACAAUUACCAUCCGCAGCAGCAGCAACAGCGCAGCAGUGUUGGUGGUAGCGUGCGCACAGGAGAAGCCGUAUUGGUGCCGACGACGACGCCGCCGCCACCGCCGCCGUUGGCCGCAAGUGGAACGCCGUCGUCUUCGAGCGGCGGUUCGGUGUCGGCCGGAGCAGCUAACGGGCCUCAGUCACAUUCCAAUGCCGGUUCGGAACACAGCGGCAGCAGUAGCAGCAGCUGUAGUAGCGGAAGUAGCACCGUCGCUGCUGCCAUCGCAACCGCAACGUCGUCGGCGCGUCCGAACAGUGUCGUGAUCGUGGACCGUGAAAUUCCCUCAGUGAGCAACAAUUCCGGUGGUGUCGUUAAAGGUUCGUCGCUCGUUCUAUCGCCCGGUCAGCAGCAAACGCAGCAGCAGCAGCAGCAAAGGGAAGGUGCUGGUGUAGUCAGGAAGAUGGUCGCUGCCACGGCCGCGGAGGAGAUCGUCGUCGUCUACGAAAAGAACAACUCGGUGCUGGGCGGUGGACCAGUGGUGGAUGUCACGGGUGGCGUUGGUGGUGGUGGAGGUGGUGGCCCCGGGUUCGGGGAUGCCGGGGAGGAGCUGAAGUACGGCCCAGGGAUCGUGUCACGGUUGCGCUGCCGCUAUCUUAGCCUGGCCCUGCGCCAAUCCGUCACCAAGCAGCGUCCCUCGCUGAACAGUAUGCGCCGCGCGACCAGCCUCAACAACCUGCUGGACGAGGAAAGCGAGGAUCUGAGUGAGCGCGAACAAUCGAUCGGUAGCGAGGGUGGUGGUGGUCAGCACCAAAACCAUCAUCAUCAUCAUCAUCAGCACCAACAACAGGCGCACCAGCAGCACCAACAGCACCAGCAGAAGAAGUAUCAUUCGCAAAAUUAUCACUACCAACAACAACAGCAGCAGCAGCAGCAACGCGAACACUACGCAAACGGAAACGGCAACAAUCAUAACCAUAACCAUAACCAUCUUCAUCAGAAAGAGCAGCAGCAGCAGCCGCUCCAUGCAACGGUAGUUCUGCAGCCACCGUACCAGAAGCAGCAGCCGCAAUUCGCUCCGAAGCAACCGUGGAUCCACCAACAGCAACAGCAGCAAGAAGAGCAGCAAGUGGUGGUCAAGACGGCGGCACCGUUUCUCCGCGGCGUGCAAAACAGUUAUACGCGAGCGAGCCGCCAGGUGGAGAAGAAGAACGAGUACAAUCGCUACACCAAGCACCAUCGGGGCGGCGGUGGCGCUGACGCGGUCCUGCUCAAGCGUGCCCGCUCAGUCGAGGCUCUGGUGCGCUACGAUCACCACAAGGCCUGGGAGCGGGAUGCAACGACGGGGUCGCCGCCAGCAGCAGCAGCAGCAGCAGCAAUAGCACCAGUGGCCGCAGCAGCAGUCGAAACCGUUGUCGGCGGCGUGUCGUCCUCGGAGGUGGGCAGCAAUGUGAUCAUACUGGACGAGAUCGCCACACCGACGACCACAGCGACCAGCAACGGCGGCGGCGGCGGCGUGGUGGUGGUAGCGUCCGCGACGGCGGUGGCAGCGACGACCACGCUCGAAAGCAACGGUAUAUCCAGUUCGGGACCGGGAUCGGGAGCACCGAUGGCGGCGACCGCGCCGACGGCGAUGAUGAUGAACGGCGGAGGAGCGGUAGUUGGCGUUGGCACGAGAGGCGCGGCGGCUGGCACCGAUUUGCCGCUGCUGGUCAGCGAUUGCGUGACGAUCGAGGAGAAGAUCAUCAAUGGGCGCGAGAAAGGUGAUCCGAAACCGAAGCGGCUGACCUCGUUCAUCGAUGCCGACGAGCGGCCACCGCCGGACGUGGUCAAGCAGACGAUGAAGAUCUUCGAGGCGAACGCGAACCGUCGCGGUGGGAGAGCGAACGGGGGCGGUGGAGCGGGCGGUCCACCGGGCAGUGACGUCGCCAGCAAGGUGGCCAACUAUCGCUCGAUCAUCAUCUCGGGCACGGUGACGACGCCGGCUGCUCCUGCCGUGGCCGCGGAAAAGCCACCCAUCACGCACCCGAAGCCACCGCUCAGUCCGAAGAAGCCAAAUAUUAAGCCGCGUACCGCUAGUCCGAAACAUCAGGCGCCCGCACCAGCACCGGCCACCACAGCAACGGUGGGCAAACCGCCACCCUCGCCGAAGUCGCUGGAAGCCGUCAACAAUCUGAAGAAUGCCUCCGGCAACAGCAACGGUACCAUCGGCAGCACCACCGGUCAGCGAAACAACAAACCAUCAGCGACGGUUGUUGAAUCGCUCGGUGGUACGCCACCGUCUCCACCGGCAAGAAGUAAACACGCGUCUUCGACCAGUAAUGGCGUUGGCGCUGCUGCUGCUCCUGGUAGUGUUGGUGCCGUCAACAAGAACAGCAUGCAAAGCAACGGCGGUGGCAGCAACAGCGAGAUGAUGGGAGAGGUCACCACGCACUCCGCCGAAUGCGCACCCGACGAGAGCGCGCUGGAACCGAAGAACAACGCACUUAAGAACGGCGGUGCUGCCGCAGGAGGAGGCAUCGGUGGCGUUCGCGAUCACCACCACAACAGCUACGAGAACGGCUUGACUCAGACAGCGGCGACCGCGGUCGUCGUAGCAGCAUCUAAGACGGCGACGGGGUCAGAUAGCGGCCACCAACACAUGCACAACGCCGCCGCGAGCAGCAAUACGGCACAGGGAGCGGCAGCGUCGUCGUCGUCGUUGUCGUCGUCGUCGCCUUCGCCAGCAGGGGGAAUUUGCGAGUCGCCUUCGAUUCAGCAGCUCACGAGCAAGCUUGCCAGUCUGCAUCUGGCGACCUCUACGCCGACUGGAGCCGCGGGAGCGAACGGAACCACGAACCACCCCCUGGACAACGCAGCAGCGUCGCAGGAUCGGCGUAACCUUGAGUACGUCACGAGUGAUGAGGAGGAGGAGGACGACGACGACGACGACGAGCACGACGGAGGUCACCAUCACAGCGCCUCGUACACGGUGAAUCCGGAUUCCGGAAGUGAGGAAGAUCGCCAUCCAAAGGUUGGAAACCGCGACGCGGACGACGACGGUGACGACGAGCGCGAGGAAGCGGAAGGAAACAGUGACGACGACGUCGACGACGCAGGGGACGAUCGUAUGGUGAGGAAGAUUUCGCGCACCGCAAUGGAGAACAUUGCCCGGGCCGGGACUACGACGCAGUUCCGCUUUAAUGGCACCGUCAAAUCGUCCUAUCUGCCGGGAGUCGGCGGAGGAGGAGUGACGUUGGCUGCCCCGAGCACCAAACCGCCCGCUCCCCCGAUUCCGAUGUCCCGCGAGAGCCUCGGGCCGGCGAAGUCGUCGGCUAACGGUGUUACCGCCGCCGCAGGCAACAACGAGGCCAACGGUAGUGCGGGUCGUUCGCCGUCAGAGGUCGCUGGCAAUAAUAGUGGUGCAGUGAACAACGGUAGUGUCGGUGGUGCGCAUAAUGAUGGUGUUGUUGCUGGCGGUGGCUCUCCACUGACCAGGCGUGAGAUCGAAAAGAAUCAAAUCAAUCGCGAAAAGAGUGGUGAGGUCACGGCGUCUGCCGUGUCGGGAACAAGCGGCAAUAGUGGUGCUGGGGUUGGGGCUUCGCCAGCCGUUGGCGGCGGCGGUAGUGGUGUUGGUGGUGGUGGUGUGGCAAACGCGAGUGUCCAAAAGCUGCCAACCGGUAGCAACAACAACAACAACAGUAACGGAAGUUCCAACAGUGUCGACAGUACCAAGUCGUUCGUGGCCAAAUGGGGCACGGGUGGUGGACAGUCGGUGGCCGCAGCCUCGUCAACGGCUGCCUCACCCCUGGCCGGGCUGGUGGCGGCAAGGAAGAAGGCAAAGCCACCGCCAAGCCAGCAGGAUGGGACCAACACCAUGGUGUUCAACUUCAGCGACCGCAAGGACGUUCCGGAUUACAUCGAGAACGAUGGUGUCAUCAUUCGGCCACGCCCGAGAGAGCUGCCAAAGCCCGGCGAGUCCGGUUUCGUGGUGCUUGGCGACCUGACGCUGGAAACGUCGACGGAUCCGGACGAGGCGCUUGACAUGGGACCGCCGUCGCCGUGCAACGGUGAAUUCGCCAACGCCUACAUCGUGAUCAAUGGCAAAUCGAGCAUGAGAAACAAGACUAGUAGAAGUAAUAAGUUCAAAAUCCAAUUCGACGAUUCGCUGACCUCCACGUACGAAUAUCCCUCGGAGACGUCCCUGCUGGAGCCGACGAACGGGUUGGACGUCUCGGACAGCGGACCGGACACCAGCAGCACCGGCCUCGUCCCACCCCCCUUCGCCACGGACAACGGGCUGCUCUCGCACACCAACAAACUCCUCUCCUCGGUGCCACUAGGUUCUGCACCAUUCGCUAGUUACACCCCAGUAAAAGCCGCCAUAGACACGACCUUCGAGCUCGGAGUGACCCGCACGCCGUCACCGUCGGCGACCAGCACGGCCAGCUCGAACGGAAGCCACAGCUCGAGCAGCAGCAAUAGUCAUCACCAAUCCGCCACCUCCCACAGCAUCAACAACGACCUGCAGCAGCAUCAACAGCACCAGCAACAGCACCAGCAACAUUCCGUUGCCAACGGUCACCGUCAUCAGUUGAUCGAUCGUCCGAACGGCGGCCUGCAUACGGUGGCGAGUAACGGCCACAGCAACGGUGCGGACACGACGCUGCUGCUGAACGGUCUCGAUAGCACCGGCUUGAACGGAACGGGCGAACCGGAAAGCAUUCAGUACCUCAAGCCAGCCUCCGACGAGCAGACGGUCAACUGGAGCCAGGGCACCCGGGUGACGGACUUGCUGUUCUAGGGCUGUUCCGUUUUACACCACUCUUGUACAGUUUACGAAUUAGCUUUUAGAGCCUAGAGCUGGAUAGUGGAUACUUCACUCCGCAAUAACCAACCACCACCACCUACACCACCACGCAGCUAAUGUCCAUUGCGAAGAAUGCGUUUUCUCCGCCGGUCGACGCACGUUUGCCUUUUGCGCCCGGUAGUACACGUUGCAUCCGAUUUGAAGCAGUGCUCGUCGAUGCAAGCUCGGGGAUGUUUUAGUCAAACCAUUUGCCACAAUAUCAAUAUUUUGCUCCUUAUAGUUUUGUUUGUUUUAUAACUUUGGUCGAGCAAACAAAAUGCUAAAGGCGUCGAGAGAGAGAGAGAAGGGUUGACUGAAGAAAAGAUUGUGUUGUUUCUUCUUUCGAUAACCUCAUUGAAGUAAUUGACCUAUUGCAGCUUUUUUCAACUGUUCAUAAACCGACUAAUAGUAAAACUCCGUUCCGGUGCUGCCCGAAACAUUUUGUUUUUGCAUUCUAAAGGAAAAUACAGCCAGAAGAAAUUGAACAUACAUUCCUCCAGCGUAACAACACACAGCCGAAGGUGGUCAAGAGCGAAGAGAGACACGUCUAAUAAUAUUGUGAUUGAUAAAAGCCCGCUAGAAAAGAAACGUGACCGAAAGUUUAGUCGGGCGAAGAAGGGCGAAGAAGCGUUUUUGAAGAAUAAUAAUUAGAAAUUGUACAUGCACAGGUGCAUAUUAUAAGUAGCGUUUUGGAUGAUUGGAAGAGUCGCUGUUUUUGCAACACGCGCAGCGGUUCGAGAAAGAAAGAGAAUUAUCGCUAUUAUCAUUACUCUUAUAACUAUUAUAUUAUUAUUACUACUAUUACUGUGCAAACUUAUACAGAGAGCAGAGAGUGCGAAUGAGUAGGAAAUAAGGUUUUUUUUUCUCUUUUUAAGAAUUUGAAUUGUAUAGAACACGAGCCCGUGGUGGACCGCAAGAAAUCGAAUGCGAAUGCAAGGUGAAAGUCCGGUCCGGGGGAGAGAAACUAUGAAAUAAACAAUGUCGGCAUAGGCAUAGUAAAAGGGA